AUGGCCAAGAGCUUCUUCAAGUUGGAACACCCUCUAGAUAGGAGGCAAGCAGAAGCUGCUCGUAUCAUGGAGAAGUGUCCUGAUAGAAUACCUGUGAUUGUUGAAAGGGCUGAAAGGAGUGAUUUGCCUGACAUUGAAAAGAAGAAAUACCUGGUUCCUGCUGAUCUUACUGUCGGCCACUUUGUGUACAUAGUCCGGAAGAGGAUUGAGCUCAGUCCUGAGAAGGCCAUCUUUAUAUUUGUCAAGAAUAGCCUACCUUCAACAGGCAAGAUUAAUGCAUACCCUCUCCUUAUUCGCUUUGUUGCAGCGGCUAUGAUGUCUGCAAUUUAUGAGGAAAACAAGGAUGAAGAUGGUUUUCUUUAUGCGACCUACAGUGGUGAGAAUACCUUUGGGUCGGUCUAA